AUGGCCCACGAAAUCGACGAAGCUACCGAGAGGCGAUCCGGCAUGGUCGAUUACAAGAUUACCGAACCGGACAACGGGGCUGUGACGAUACAACAAGAACCAUCUGACCUUCCUCCCGCUGACGGAGGCUGGCUUGCUUGGAGAUUCGCUUUAGUAGCCUUCGUCAUUGAUGGUAUUGUUUGGGGUCCAACACUCUGCUAUGGUAUCUUUUUACCAUUCAAGCCAUACUCUGAACUUAACCCUUCCCUGGCAGCCUUAAUCGGAACUUCUUGUCUCGGCUUACUCUACACCACAGGUGUGGUGCUGUCGCCACUGACAUUGAGAUAUCCGACAUUUUGUAUUUGGUGUCCUUGGAUUGGCUCUAUACUCUGUUUCGUUGGCUUGUUUAGCGCCAGUUACACGAAAAAUGGCGUGUUCCUGAUCCUCGCUCAAGGUGUUUUGUAUGGAAUCGGAGGCUCGAUGAUCUAUACUCCCAAUCUAAUUUACCUCUCCGAAUGGUGGGUACUCAGGCGAGGCUUAAUUGGAGGAUUGACAUUCUCAGGCUCGGCUGUCUUGGGUUUGGCUUGGGGACCUGUAAUGCAAUUGAUCUUGGAGAAGCAUCCUACCCAUAUAACAUUGCGGUAUUAUGCCGUCAUGUGGCUAGCACUCAUGCUUAUGCUUCUCCCAUUCCUCAACGGGCGGCUUCCUAGGUCAUCAAAAACAAAGUCAGAUAGUAUAAACAUGGAAUACUUGAAGUUACCUCUUUUUUGGUUCUUGAUUGCAGUAAAUUGUGUGCAAAGCUUAGCUUUCUACACUCCAGUGAUCUACAUGCCAUCGUUCGCUACGAGUAUGGGAAGAUCUGGGGCGCUUCCACUUGAAUUUUACUCAGCAGCCAGUAUCCCUAGCCAAAUAAUAGGCGGUAUGGCGAGCGAUUUCAUGGAUUGUAGCUGGAUCUUAUUCAUAUCCUGCAUGACAAGUUCAAUCAGCGUCUUCUUCAUGUGGGGUUUUUGCAAAGACUUUGCCAUGUUUUGCGGAUUCUGCACUAUAUAUGGCCUCUUCGCGCCGUGCUAUACAUCACUCUGGCACCGGUUCUCGAUGAUCAUUGCUCCCAAAAACCCCAGAUCGGCCUCAAUCAUCAAUUUCUUUUUGGCCUCACGAGGACUUGCCAACAUUAUCACCGGGCCCCUUUCUGGACAGCUCCUCACAACCCCGACCCCUUCGAUGAAAGACUACCGCGGAGUUAUCAACUGCUGUGGAGCACUGUUGCUGAUAAGUUCAUUAGGGGUGGGGAUGCGGCUUUUUUAUGGCAGUGCACCCGAGGGGUCGUCGAAAGAGGAACCAUAUGGAAUGCGUACCACCUCCACCGACCACUGGAACCAUGUAACGUCAAAAGAAUUACGAAACAGAAAGGAAGACUCGUACGAGAUGAACGGUCUCUAG